AUGAUUUUCAUUAUUUCAAUCCUUCUAUUGUCUCUGCAAAUCGGAUUCUCCAAUGCAGACCUUAUGCGGACAGUGUACUGUGCCGACAAGUGCAACGACUAUUUGAAAGUUCCAGAAAAAAACAUUCCAAAGUGUGAAGACAGGCAUCUCAAGCUGAAUCAAUGUGGAACUGUGAUUUCCUGCUCAUGGGCCGAUGUAGAACUCGAAAAACAACGACCAAUCGCCAACGCUACAGAUGAGAUUGUCUGCUGUUACAGUGUUGUCCUGAAAGAAAAAGGAGAUUGCGAUGCUCAACAAACACUAUCCCCAUCGAACAAGCAUCCGCACCGACCAGUUCACCCCAUGGAUUGUUUUUCUCAAACUCCGGGACUGUUCUGCGUAAUCGCCGUACUUUUAGUUCUAUUGGCUGGACAGAGCUUCUAUAUCAUGUGGAGUUGCGCCUUCCAACGACGAAUGUAUCAUCAGAAGGUGUGUCAGCUCGAAGAAUCUACCGUGACCCAUUCUCAAACACCCCUCUAUACAGCCAAACCAAUCUCUGAAUCCCGACUUCUCUCAUUCGAACAACUCUCCAGCAACUGA